CGUGCGGUGCGGUCAACGCGCGAUGUUGUAGUAAAUAACACGUUUCCGGGUGUUUUCGUUUUUGUCUAACCAUGUCUUCAACUCGGGGUUUACGAGUGUUGAAAGCGAUUGAACACUAUGUAAAAACGAAACCAGACAGAUUUGAUACCAUGAAUAUUUUUAAUAAGAUGGAACUGUCGUCUCCAUCAAACGGCCAUCUACGCGGUUCGUUUACUGUAGACUCUAGCAUGUGCAACUGCGUGAAUGCUAUGCACGGGGGGUAUAUCACAGCUCUAGUAGAUACAUUCGCAGCGUAUGCUUACGUGUGUGACGAGAAGGGGAAAUUGGCUUGGACGACGAGUAUGCACGUCAACUUCCUCAAAUCAGCAUUGAAAGGCGAGAAAGUAACAAUAGAAGCGUAUCCUCUGAAGAGUGGAAACCAGCCGGUAAUGGAAGCCAUCAUUCGGAAUGAGGCCGGGAAUGUUCUAGUAAAAGGAACCGUGUCUAUGCAAGCAGGCCAGGGCACGAUCCAAGAAAUGGCUAAAGCUGUGUUCCAGUUCGAUUUUGAUGAAAAAUCUAAAUUAUAAUGAAGUAUUACGAAUCCUCAACUCUUAAGUACCUCAAAAUGCAUUUUAAUGUUUACCCAUGGUAAUUUAAUAAAUAACGCUUAGAUAGUCUAAGUAAUAAGUAUCGAUACUUGAAGGAGGUAGAAAGAUUUUUGUCAGUAAAUGUAAACGACAUGUAUAAUUAUUGUAAAUAAUUAUAAGUUAAAGGACUAAGAUAAAACCAUGUUUGAUGUAUUUGUAUUAAAAAGCGUAC